UGUUAGGUUGGAGAUAGGGUCCAGUUAAGGACUCAAGGAUCCCCAAUCGUGUAAUGUAUCGAUCGCGUCUUUCUUUCAGCGAACGCUCACGACUCGGCUCGCUAUCGGUUCCGGAUUUUUGUCAAGAAUGAGGCUGUUCGCGUGCCUUUUCUUGAUGCAGACGUUCGCUGCUCAAGCCUUCCCUGUACGGGCGCAUGAAGAGGAUCUUCGGAACUCGAACGUUUUUAUCAACAAUGGCGAACUUCCACAGGAUAGGUCAAUCUUCACGAUCAUAUCACUGUUGUGCAUGAUGGUAUGCUCGCUGUUACUGGGUUCGCGGUUGGAGAAACUCAGACGCCGUAUUUUGAGAAAGCAUCGUCUCAUGUCUGCGCUCGUUUUCAUGCUAUACGUACUGGUCUUAAUAUUCAUCAUCUGCUCAGCCGUGCUUGUAGCAGGGCAGGGACUGUAUACCUACGAGCUCUGCGUUGCGGGAACAUGGGUUUGCUUGAUCUUCUACACGCUCAUCAAAGCUAUCAUCUAUAUCUUCUUGGUCGAACGCAUCCAUGUCGUCCGCGCGCCUUUCGUCAACAGGCGGAAAGACAAGAUAUACCUUUGUUGCAUGGCCAUGAUCGUCGUAUUGUACGGUGCCGUCGCCAUCAACUCCUAUCUCAACCACGUCACCGAGUUGCACGAAUCGGACGGACGCUGCCACUUUGGCAUUCGCGGCAUUGCAUCGAUACCAUUCACCGUCGUCAACUUCUUUACGAAUGUUAUUUUAACUGUGGUCUUCUUUUACUUGCUCUAUCCGGUCGUAGGGCUACCCGGUGCAUCUACUCUUUCCAGAAUAUUCAAGAGGAAGUCGAGUCAGAAUGAGGAUACUGUGCACGGAGGGCAGGAUACGCCGGCUAGGAAGAAUAUCAAGACACUGCUGUGGAAGAGCAUCAUUGGGUCACUCUUGAUAGAGAUACCAACGGCGGCGAAUAUGGUACAAUUCUUCCUUACAAGGGGCGAAGAGCUGGGCAUGAUAUGCCUCACCAUCUGUUUGGUGGACGUGUGUUGGGACGCGCUUAUCAUCCACUGGCUUACGUUCAGCUCUUCGGCAUCUGCCGCAGAGAAGGACUUGUCGCGAUCGACAUUGGUAUCUAAAGAGGAGCUCGACCCGAUACCGGGACGAACUUUCUCUCUACUCAAAAGUCGCGACGACGCCAGAAACAUAACGCAAUGCGCGGCCGAAAAGCCAAAAGAUCCACAUAUGGGCGCAUUGGACUUCUCGUGCGCAGGCGCUCGAGACUCGACGGCUGAGCUGAUACGGCCGGCGCCUGUCAAGCAAUGACAUUAGAUAUAACAUUGCUUGUCAUUAUAUCGUUCCAUCGAAAUUGUUUCCAUCCACAAUCCCAGAUCAAUAGCCCGAUUUCCCUGGUACAAUACCGUAACACGGCCCGUCUUU